AUGUCGCUGACAUUCCCGGGGCGCCUGUCGCUGCGGUACCUGGUGCCCAUCACCGCGAGCCCUGUUCUGGCUGUGGAGCUGUCCCAGACUGUGACAGAGCUGGAGCGCCUGCGCGUCUUGGGGUCCCUGGACUCCUACGUGUCCUCAUCCGUCCUGGAGCCGCAGCCCGGCAGCGAGUGGGUGACCGUCCUGCACAGCUUCUCCGUGCUGUCCUCCGUCUCGGCGCGGCAGGUGGAGGAGGCCGUGGCCCAGUUUCAGGAGCAGUGCCAGACCAGUGACCCAGGCUGCCGGUUCCUGCGGGACAUCGUUUCCUACCGGAGCCUGAGCCUCUGCGAGCUGGAGCCCUGUGACCCCGUAUCCACCACCUGCAUCUUCCAGGACGGCCUGGCGCUCUGCUCCUGCCGGCCGGGAUACCGCUCCGCACACCCCAUGGAUCGCGCCUGCACGGCCUGCCGCAGCGGGUUCCAGAUGCAGGACGGUGCCUGCCGCAGGUGCCCCUUUGGCUUCGGCGGCUGGCAGUGCGAGGAGCGUAAGUGCCGCCGGGGCCAGGACCCAUUGGGGCCGGGGCCGGGGCCGGGCGAACCGGGCGAACCGGGCUCCACGAUGGAGCUCAGCCCAGCUCGCCGGCCUCUCUCCCCCGCAGCCUUCCUGCUGGCUCUGCUCCUGGUGUCCAUCUCCGGGGGGGCCCUGCUGCUCCUGCUGCUGCUCCUCAUCUGCGGGAGAGCCCGGCGGCCCCCGCGGUCCCACACGCCGCCCGCCUGGCUGCCGGAGCUGGGGGCCCUGCAGUUCCCGGCCCGGGGGCUGAGCCUGCCCCGGGUGCAGCCGUGCUGGGCCACCGACCUGGAGACCGCCGAGCCCGAGCCGGGGGUCCGCGCCGAGCCAGCGUGCCCGGCCUGGCUCCCAGGACAGGGGCUGGGCACCGGCCUGUGCAGUGGUCACAGGGGGGUGGAGGAGGGGGUCAGCACCCUGGAGCGUGGCCAGAGCCCGGGGCAGGCCCGGGGAGGCCGGCAUGCAGGGAGCCUGCAGGUUUCCAAAGCAUCGGAAGCUGUGGGCUGGGCCCUACAGAGCAUCCCCGGGCUCAGGUCUGCAGUAGGGUCCCCCACCAACACCACCGUGCCGCCUCCAGCCAAGGCCUCCAUCUUCGCUGACCUGAGCCCUGAGGAGCUGCGGGCCGUGCGGACCUUCCUCAUGGGCCGCCCUGAGCUGGGGCUCUCGCCGAGCCACGGGGGGCCUCUGGCCAAGAACAGCAUCUUCCUGGUGGAGCUCCUGGCCCCCAAGAAGCGCCUGGCCCUGCAGCACCUGGACAAGGGUGGCCCCGCGCCCCAGCGCCAGGCUCGGGCCGUCAUCUUCUUCGGGGGGCAGGCAGAGCCCAAUGUCACCGAGUACGCCGUGGGGCCGCUGCCCCGGCCCAGCUCCUACCGGCCGCUGCGGUUCAAGGGCGGGCGCACCGUCCCCUUCGCCGCGCGGCCCAUGACCCUGCUGGAGUAUGAGUUGCUGCACCGCAAGCUGGUGGAGGCCACGGAGCCGCUGUACCUGCUGCUGCGCGAGUCCACGGGCUUCUGGUACCACAACUGCACCGACCGCUGCCUGACCUUCUCGGACAUCGCGCCCCGCGGGCUGGCGCCUGGCGAGCGCCGCAGCUGGUUCGUGCUGCAGCGCUUCGUGGAGGGCUACUUCCUGCACCCCGUGGGCUUGGAGCUCCUCAUCGACCACCGGGACACCGACCCCCAGCGCUGGGCCGUGCAGCGGGUCUGGUACAACGGGCAGUACUUCUCCAGCCCCCAGGAGCUGGCCGAGCGCUACGAGCGGGGGCAGCUCUCCAAGGUCCGCCUGGCUGACCACACGCCCCAGGAGCUCUUCUCCACCUACGUGCCCCGCGGGCGCUUCGCCACCGGCACCCCCACCGACGUGCACGGUGCCAAGGUGUGCGAGCCGCAGGGCAAGCGCUACCAGCUGCGAGGCAACCAGCUGGAGUACGGGGGCUGGAGCCUGGCCUUCCGCCUGCGCUCCUCCUCCGGCCUGCAGCUCUUCGACCUGCGCUUCAACGGCGAGCGCCUGGCCUACGAGGUGAGCGUGCAGGAGGCCGUGGCCUUCUAUGGGGGCCACACGCCGGCCGCCAUGCAGACCAAGUACAUCGACGCUAGCUGGGGCAUGGGCUCCGUCACCUACGAGCUGGCCCGCGGCAUCGACUGCCCCGACACGGCCACGUACCUGGACGUGCACCACCUGUACGACGCCGACGGGCCGGUGCGCUUCUCCCGCGCCCUCUGCAUCUUUGAGCUGCCCACGGGCGUCCCGCUCCGGCGACACUUCAACAGCAACUUCCGUGGCGGGUACCAGUUCUACGCGGGGCUGGAGGGGCAUGCGCUGGUGCUGCGCACCAUCUCCACCGUCUACAACUACGACUAUGUCUGGGACUUCCUGCUCUACCCCAACGGCGUGCUGGAGGCCAAGGUGCAUGCCACGGGCUUCAUCCACACCACCUUCUACACGCCGCAGGGCCGGCGCUACGGCAGCCGCGUCCACACCCACGUCCUGGGCAAUAUGCACACCCACCUCGUGCACUACAAGGUGGACCUGGAUAUCGCAGGCACCAGGAACAGCUUCGAGACGAUGGAGUUGCGCUUUGAGAACAUCUCCAACCCCUGGAGCCAGGCAGAGCGGGUGGUGCAGCCCCGGCUGCACCGCCAGCCCCGCCGCAGCGAGCGCCAGGCUGCCUUCCCCUUCAGCAAGGCCCUGCCCCGCUACCUGCUCUUCUACAACCCCCACCAGCGCAACCGCUGGGGACACCGCCGCAGCUACCGCAUCCAGCACAGCUCGCACGCCGGGCGGGUGAUGCCCCGCGGCUGGAAGGAGGAGAAAGGCAUUGCCUGGGGCAGGUACCACCUGGCUGUGACACAGCACCACGAGAACGAGGCCACCAGCAGCAGCCUCUACACCCAGAACGACCCCUGGGAGCCCAUGGUCGACUUCGAGGGCUUCAUCCGCAACAACGAGAGCAUUGAGGAGCAGGACCUGGUGGCCUGGGUGACGGUCGGCUUCCUGCACAUCCCGCACGCCGAGGACAUCCCCAACACCGCCACCCCCGGCAACGCCGUCGGCUUCUUCCUGCGCCCCUUCAACUUCUUCGACGAGGACCCCUCGGUGGCAUCACGCAGCCCCGUCAUCGUCCGGCCCCUGGACCCGGCCGCCUCCCGGCUGGAGAUCCAGCGCUGGACACCUGACAGCCCCGGGCCCUGUGUCUCCCCGGGGCCCUUCACCUACAACGGCACGUACUGGCAAGAGUGACCUGCGCUGGGCAGCGAGAGGAGACCCCGGCUGUGGCACCCCCAGUGCCCCGACUUGCUGCGUCCCCAGUACUCCAGCCCACUGCACCCGGCCGGCGCAGCCCUGAUGUGAUGAGCUGGUGCAUCCUCAACACCCCGAUCCUCUGCAUCCCCGGUGCCCCAACCAGCUGCACCCGGCUGGCACGUCCCCAGUGCCCCGACCUGCUGUGCUCAACUGGGGCGCCCCCAGUGCCCUGACCCGCUGCAUCUGCAGUGCCUGGCCCCACUGUGCCCCGCUAGUAUGUCCCCAAUGCAACCAGCUGCUGCAUCCCCAGUGCCCUGACCCACUGCACCCUGCCAGCGCGUCCCCGG